GCGCGGUCACACUGACUCUAGUUUUCAAAGCAUUCGCAAAAUCGGCAAAAACCCAAACUAACUAAAUCGGUUGCCUAGGCUAGCUAUAGUGAAAAUUGUGAACUACUUUUUUGCGCGGAUGCUACGUAAACGAACGCAUGUCUCUGGAUUAUCUCAGUAAUCGAAAGAUACACAUUCACCGCUAGGCACAGCUGGGCAUAAAAAGUGCGAGCGAGACGAAGACUCCGGACGUGCUUGGCCGUUGAAUUUUGAUUUUUAUUUUCGACGCGCAGCCGUGGCGCGUAACCUGGGAGUGUGCAAGCGACUUACAUGGUUUAUCUUUUAGUUGUUGCUAUAAUUUGAACAAAUUCCGGUCUACAAGCUUGUGAAUAAGAUCACAUAGCACUAUGCCCGCCUGUCUCUGUUAGUGUCGCCGGCUGUUCACUCCUGUGCCUGUUCUCUUCUUUGUGUUUGUGUGUGUAUUUGUGUGUACGCGCACUUUUUUGUUCUUUUGCGCGCCGCUUUUUAAUUGAGCAAUUGACAAGAAAUAAAUUAAAUAAAACGAUGCCCUGGCAAAGGGCGACUGUGAAAAAUGCAUGAAUGGUUAGAUAAGGUUUCACUAGUUCACAAUAUUGACGCUUAGCAAAUUCCGAAUUUGUGCGUUUGUUUGGUUUCACGCGGAGUUUGACUGUGUCCCGUUUUCGUGUGCGAGACUGAGAGUGAGAGCGCCUCUAUCGAAAUGGAAACUAUUGAAGAACAAUCGAAAUGCGAGAUGACCAUUACCACGCUGCCCACACGGAUCUGCCUGGUGGGCAAUGCAGGCCAGGAUGCGGGCACGCUGCUGGCAGCCGAAAGCUUCGGCCUGCCCGUUAUAACAUCCGACACGGGUCAGGACAUCGCUGACGACAAAGAGUGGCGGACAUUCUACGUGAUGGAGGACUUUGAGGGCGACAGCUUUCAGGCGCUGCACAAGCAAAAGGAAUGCAUUCUGGGUCCGCCCGCUUUGAAGUACGCGGCAGAGAUGAAACAGACGCUGGGCCACAACUCGCGGCCCAUUUACAACUAUGCGAUGCGCGGUGUGGUCACUUGCUUCACGGGCAUACGACAGAAGGACGAGCUGACCAAAUUGGUGCACCACAUCCACUCCAUGGGCGGCUGCAUUAAGAGGGACAUGAACCCGAAGACAACGCAUCUCAUUUGCAGUCACAGUGGCGGCGCCAAGUAUCAGUACGCCAAAACCUUCCGCUUGAGUGUUGUUCGUCCUGACUGGGUGUAUGCUGCCUGGGCGGACCGCGAUACCCUGGAGUUUGAUGCCACACAGGAGAGCUUCACCAAGACACAUAGGCUGAAGGCGUUCGAGGGACAGAAGGUGUGCUUCUUUGGCUUUCCCGCCGAUGAGCACCAGCACAUGGUCGAUGUGCUGCUGGAGAACGGCGGUGUCUGCGCCAGCCUGGAGGACCCCGAGUGCUCGCAUGUUGUGAUGCCCAAUACGGGCGUUGUACUUACAAGCACUAGCACUAGCACUGAUACUAACCCAAUCACAAGCAAAAUCACAUGCUCAGGCUCACUAACUAACCCAGAUCCCCAACCCACAACUGUCGGUGGGAGCUCAAGCCCUCCCCAAACACCCACAUCAUCUCGAGAUAGCGGGCGGGCAGGCGGGGCAGCAGAAGGAGGCGAACCAAUGGAAGAGGCCGAACCAUUAGAAGGAGUGGAAGCGCAGGCACUGGAGGAGAAGGAGAACGAAUGCGAUAAUCGGGCUGAUUACGAAGACGAGGACAUACACUUCGAUGAGCGACUCUUUGUGGAGACCGCACCUAUUCAAAUGGCUGGCGAGGAUCAGCUCCCGGAAUCGGACGAUGACGAAGAUAAUCAAGGGGCUUCUGAGGAUGUCCAGGCCAGUACUCCAAAGACGAGCAAGCAACGCAUCAGCCUUGCGGCUGCCACGCCCAUCAGUAGUUCCCCAGAAACGAACACGGAAGCAAUGGCAAUGGAAAUGGGGCUGAAACUCCAGAGCCACACCCCUAACGUAUCCCCCAUCCUGAAGGCCAUCGAUGAGUGCGACAUGGAAACGGACGAUCUGUUCGAUGAGGAGGCGGUGGAGGGAACGGACCCAAGCGCCCCAGUCACUGAGAAUGAUCUCAAGCGUAAGCGCGACAGCGUCGACAACAUUUCCCUAAUGUCCGUGGACUCGUGCGUCCUGCCGGGGAGCACCAAGAAACCCAAGCUGACCCGAACUGGAUCCAUCUCGCGCACCCUCCGUCGCUCCGUGAGCUUCGUGGCCGAGCCGUUGAAAAAUGUGCUGCGGCCGCGGCGCAGCUCGAUUGCGGCGGCGGAUGUCUCAACCAUCCUGGACAGCGAGGCGGCCGACGACUCCUUUUGCUCGCUGGCCUCCUCCAUCAGCCUCACGCUGAACGAAUCGAUCAGGAAGCCCGUGAAGGACAAGUUCCGCAACAUCUGCAGCCGCAUCACUAGAAGCAGCAGUCGACGAGGGGACAAGGAUCGUGAUCGCCAUGGCGAUCGAGAAGGAACUCCCGAGUGCUCCAGUUUAGGGCCGCCAAUGGACAGCGGUUUCAAGACUCCGAAGGCACCCAAGCCACGUUCCUCUGCCACUCCGAAAACUUCCAAGCGCCUCUUCGGCCCCGUCUCCUCCGUCGUGUCCUCCCUGGCCCUCAGUAACGUCCCAUCCCCCAGUCCCCAGCCUCCUUCCCAUCCCAGUUGGGAUACUAACGACACCUCAACCACAUCGACAUUCGCUUUAUGUGCUGCUGCUGCUGCUGCUGCUGCUGUCGUCCCCACAUCAUCAUCAUCGUCGUCAUCUACGGUGACUGCUGCUGCUGUCGAACACAGCUCCGUUCAAGAUAUUAAAGAAGAGUCGCCCAAUGGGUCGACACAGAGGCCCGAACCCAUGCAAAUGGUGGUUGACGAGCACACGACCGUCGCGAAGCCCGAUCCCAAGAACAUUCAAUCCCACAUCCUGAAAUCAGACUGGUUCUGGUACACCAUACAGAAUGGCUAUGCCAAUGAGAUGGACUAUCUGUUUGGAGAUUAUCUGUAUAGCCUUACCAAUACCCCGAAUACGGAUCGACGGGACUCGCUGCCCGUCAGCUUCAACAAGAGGAAACGCAAGCGUUUAUCGCAGCGCAUCCAGCUGGAAGGCACACCUCUGGGAUCGGGCAAACGGCGCUCCUCCGUGUCGGAUGCGGGCCUGCUCUCCGUCUCCAACAGCCUAUUCGACUGCACCACGAGUCCCGAUAAACUGCUGGACGGCGACGACAAGCUACUGCACCACGCCGAUCCGGAGCCCAUCGAUGGCACGCCAGUAAAGAGAUCCAUGCGAUUCAACCACUUUAUGGACUUUUUCACCACGGAAUCCAACUACGUCGGAAUACUGGAUACCAUUUUAAAUCUGUUUAAAAACAAACUGGAGGAACUGGCCGAGACAAAUGAUCCGCUGCUCAAUAAAUCAGAAAUCAAAUCUGUGUUUGGCAACUUUCUGCCCAUCCACGAGGUGCACCAGAGCAUGCUGGAGCAUCUGAGGAAUCUGCAUGCCAACUGGCGGGAGGACUGCCUCAUCGGAGACAUCAUCAUCCGGCACCAGGAGGAGCUGAUCAAAGCAUAUCCGCCCUAUGUAAACUUCUAUGAGCAGAUGAAGGAGCAGCUGCAGUACUGCGACCGCGAGUACCCCCGCUUCCACGCCUUUCUAAAGAUCAACCAGACAAAGCCCGAGUGCGGCCGACAGAGCCUGCAGGACCUGAUGAUCAGGCCCGUGCAGCGGCUGCCCAGCAUAAGCCUGCUGCUCAAGGACAUUCUGAAGCACACAGCCAACAGCAAUGCGGACCACGAGAGAUUGGAGGAGGCCUUGAAGGCCAUCAAGCAGGUGACGCUGCACAUUAACGAGGACAAGCGACGCACCGAGUCGCGCAUGGCCAUUUUCGAUAUAUUCAACGAUAUCGAUGGAUGUCCUGCGCACCUCGUCAGCUCCAACCGCAGCUUUAUCGCCAAGUGCGAGGUGAACGAGCUCUCCGACUCAUUGAGCGGGCGGGGGGACAGCCUCGUGCUGUACCUCUUCUCCGAUUCCAUCGAGCUGUGCAAGCGACGCUCGCGCGCCUUCAACACCGUCAAGUCCCCCAGCACCGGCAAAACGCACAAGCACCUCAAGCUGAUCUCUCUGAACACGAUACGCUUCGUGAUUGACAUCUUGGACAGCCCACGCGCCUUCGGCCUGCUACUGCGCGGCGACAAGGAGAAGUUCUACACGUUCACCAUGAACGACGAGGAGACGGACAAGCACAGCUACAUGAAAAAGCUCUGCAACCAGAUUGCCGCCCACAUGUGCCGCACGGAUGCGGACAAGCUGCUGCUCUGCCAAUCAUCCCAGGAGCUGGACGUGGACAUCAGCGAUGUGAAUGUGAGCACGCUUAGCAAGGCCUUCAAACUGGCAGCCAAGACGCGCCUUAAGGUGGGUCGCGCCUUCUCCUUCAACAAGACCCCAAACAAACUGAAACGAGCCGUUUCCACCAUGAUGACCUCGCCUUUUGGCAGCACCAACUCCCUGACGCCCUCCUCCCAGCUGGCCCAGAUGCGUUUGGCUGCAAACAGCUGCAGAAAUAUUAAUGAAGUGGCCGAUGAAGAUGAUUGCUCCAGCAUGAGAAGCAGUUCGCCAUCGACGCAAUCGGAAACUUUGGUGGUGCCGCCAAUGUCUGUGCAGCCCACGCGCAAGAACAAGGCUGUUGUAGGUCGCAUUUAGAGUCGUGAUUGACUCACAAUUUCUGUAUUCCAUGCCUCAACGCAUCUUCGAAUUCGUAAUCUCACAGAAAACACAUCAAA